UUUACGAAAAUUAGAGCAAUCAUAGAGAUUUGUUAAGAUAGAAAUUGGUAACCCCUUUUGGAGACUUUAGAGAAAAAAUGGGACUCUAUAAGCUAUCGAAUGACAUUAUUUAUUACUCUACGAUUAUUAGUUUCGCGAAGAUAUAAACAUUCAAAGUGUGACAUGUUUUCGUUACAUCUGUGCCUGGAUUUACCCCCUCCCCUUACUGUCGACAAAUACGUAGUUCUACGUCAAAAGAAUUAUUAUAUAAUGAUGAACAAACUGCGAAAUCCAUUCGAAUCACCCGCCAUCGAAGCAUUGUUCAUUAUCAAUUCUUAUCAAGUUACGUAAUGUGUUUUCAUGCUUAAUCAUAAAUGAGACGUCGCUGCUGUCGCGUUUUCUAUGCCAUCGGCAGUGUUCUUUUACAACCUAACAUAAGUUUCUCUUGUCUCUCGCCAAAAAUUUACUUUCUUCAUACUUCUUUCGCUAAUUAACACUUAUUGUUAGACGUAUGAUAACGAGCAGCUGAUACGUGUCUUGUCGAAACGAGUUUUUAUUGGCGCGAUAUAUUUAACUUGAUCAGCACAAAAGUCAGCAUUAUUUCUGUUGGUCAAAAAGUGAAUUAUUUGCUGAUAUUUAUGAUUCAUCACUUUUACAAGUACUAAGAAUGAGCGUUUUGACGCUUACGAACUUGUUUGCUAGCACGACAGCAGGCAUCAAUUUAGGAGCAAGAUGUUAUUCAAAAAUAGGAUUCGUUGGAUUGGGCAACAUGGGCAGUCAUAUGGCGAGAAAUCUGCUGAAGAAGGGAUAUAAGCUCACUGUAUAUGACGUGAACAAAUCCGCGGUGACGAAUUUAGUGGAAACGGGUGCAAGUUGUGCGUCAGAUGCGGCUGAAAUGUCAAAAGAAGUUGAAGUUGUCAUUUCGAUGUUACCUUCGAAUGAACAUGUUCUUGAUGUAUACACUGGCAAAAACGGCGUGUUUAGUACAGCGAAAAACAAUGUUCUACUGAUCGACAGCAGUACCAUAGACCCAUCCGUGUCUCAGUUGGUCGCAUCGCAGGCUCGAGAACGGAAUUUGAGAUUUAUCGACAGUCCCGUUUCAGGAGGUGUAAACGCAGCCAAGGAUGGCACAUUAACAUUCAUGGUGGGCGGCUCGGAGACAGACUUUAACGAUGCGAAAUCUAUCCUCGAAGCUCUGGGAUCUAGAAUAGUGCACUGCGGAGACGUAGGCAUGGGACAGGCCGCUAAGCUCUGUAAUAAUAUGUUAUUAGCCAUUAGUAUGAUUGGCACUGCGGAGGCAUUCAACCUUGGGCAAAAGUUAGGCUUGGACGCCAAAAUAUUUGCGGACAUCGUCAAUUCCAGCACAGGCAGAUGCUGGUCUUCCGAUCUUUACAAUCCGGUCCCAGGAAUUUUGCCCAAUGUUCCCAGCUCGAAAAACUAUGAGGGCGGUUUCGGGACAACGUUGAUGGCCAAAGACCUGGGAUUGGUGCAAUCCGCCGCGACCAGAACGCAAACUCCGAUUCCCCUCGGUUCUCUGGCGCAUCAAAUUUAUAGAGCGAUCAUUGCUCAAGGAUUCUCGGACAAGGAUUUCAGCGUGGUCUAUCAGUUCCUUAAAGAGGGCGCCAGUUGAUAGGCAGGGGCUAAUAAAUGAUACCUGUUAGCGGCAAGGUCACUAUUGACUUUAAUAACGGGUAAAAUUUUAUUAAGACUGUAUGUAGGUGUAAUAUAAAAAAUGAAACUAUGUAUUAUUGUGCCAAAUAGACUUGCUCCUACUGGCUGUACUUAAUAUUUUUCUAAUAAAAAAAAAUAAAUGAUUUC